CGACGCAGCCUUAUGACGCAAGGCACCGAAGCGCGCGGUCCGGCUGCGGUGGGCUUCGCGGCGCAAUCUGAUGACACGUAGCAUCAGGGCGCGCGGCCCGGCCGAGGAUGAAGCUGCUUGCUCCUGGGCGCAGCUUCUAGCGCCAUGGGGAAAACACAGGUGUGUCCUCCACGAGCUCUUCCACCCAUACCGAGAUGAUAUUCCACUUAGUCAUCCUAAGAAAAAGAAGUCUAGACCAAAAAGCUUGAGAGUUCUGAAUAUUGUGUCUGCAGCUAAUGCUUCUUCAGAAGGCCUCGCAGAUCCUGUCCUUCACAGGCCGCCUGAGGGCAGUGAGCCCCCAGAUGCAGAACUCCAAGAGCACCCAGAAGCUCAUGCUCAGAGGAGGCAGAAGAAAGCAAGGCCGCCUGCUGACCGUGAGACUUCACUCACCCAAAAGAAGACAUCUAGUCCAGCUUUAUUACGAAAUGAAAAUGGUACUGAUGUGAACCCAGCUGAGGAGGCAGUUACUCAAAAACCUCGAAGGAAGGCAAAGAAAAGCAAGCCAGCAGAGGUGCAGUAUGCUAAUGAGCUAGGAGUAGAAGAUGAAGACAUAAUUACUGAUGAGCAAAGAAUUCCAGAACAGCAGUCUAGAUUCACUGCACCCAUUGGAGUUAGCCAGCCUGUCGGAAAAGUGUUCAUAGAAAAAAGCCGGCGAUUCCAGGCUGCUGAUCGUUCUGAGUUGAUAAAGACCACAGAAACUAUAGACGUGACCAUGGACAUGAAGCCUUCCUGGACCACCAGAGACGUGGCACUUUCCAUGCACCGGGCUUUCAGGAUGAUCGGUCUCUUCUCUCACGGCUUCCUGGCGGGCUGUGCUGUGUGGAAUAUUGUUGUGAUUUAUGUGCUAGCAGGAGAGCAGCUGUCCAACCUGCCUAAUCUACUGCAGCAGUACAAGACUUUAGCAUAUCCAUUCCAGAGUCUCCUGUACUUGCUUUUGGCUCUAAGUACAGUCUCGGCUCUUGACAGAAUUGACUUUGCUAAGACAUCAGUAGCAAUCCGAAGUUUUUUUGCCCUGGACCCAACAGCCUUAGCAUCUUUUUCAUACUUUACUGCUCUUAUACUGUCUCUGAGUCAGCAAAUGACAAGUGACAGGAUCCACCUUUAUGCAUCUUCUGUUAACAGCAGCCUCUGGGCAGCAGGAAUCGAGGAGCAGAUUCUGCAGCCGUGGAUUGUGGUGAAUUUGGUGGUGGCCCUUCUGGUGGGAUUGUCUUGGCUGUUUUUGUCUCAUAGGCCAGGCAUGGAUCUUAGUGAAGAGUUAAUGUUCUUCUGCGAUGUGGAAGAGUAUCCUGAGAAAAGCAGCAAAGCGUCUUCUUAGUAUCAGCUCAUCUGCAGAGGAGUGAUGACCCAGUAUUUUUCCCGCUUUUCAAAAAAAGAACCUUAUAAGAUAUGUAUAUUUAUACUUUUUUAUUAUUGAAAAAUUUUUUGUGAUUGAAAAAUUUCUCAAGAUUAUGGAAACGUUAAAAUUCUUUCAAUUUAUAUGAAAAGUUAAUUUCAUUAGCCUUAUUAAUGACAAAAGAGAGAAUGAAUUAGAAAUCAGCAGAUAAAAGUAUUUAUUUCUUGCUCUCUCAAAUUUAGUUAUUUUCAUAUUUAGUAUCUUACGAGUAAUUUAAAAAGCUACCUAAUGUUAGUGUUACAAAAUGUAAAUAAAAUUUAAUUACAAAUUUAAGAAAUAGAAGGUAAAAAAGGAUUUUAUUGUUUUGUUGUCUCCUUACUGAACAAGUUGAAAUAUAAAGUUUUGUCUUUUCUGAAUCUGACUUAGUAGUUGUCUGUCAUGUGAUUAUAAUGUAAUUUUAAGAUGCUUUGCUUUAUUGCUAAUGAGACAGAAAUAGAUCUUUCUGUUUGACAGUUUUAUAACCUAAAAAGUUUAUUUCUCUUCAAAAUCUGUAACAGUUAUUCCUCCAUCUGGUUGCUCAUUGGAAACGUUUAGGGACAUAGCUUAUAAAAUAUGUAAAGAGAAACCAAGCUCCUGGUGGACCUCUGCAAUACCCUUUUCUGGUAGGAUUGUUUGUUUUGAAUAACAAGAAAUUAGAGCAGAAAAUCUCUAUUUCCUCACUGUUUAUCAGGAAGAUCUUUGGCUUUCCACUAACCCUGCUCCUGACCUGUGGCUCCUGCAGUACAAAGCUGUCUCCAGAGCUGUGUCCUGUGUUUUCCCCACUGGAAGCUCUGAGACCCAACAUUCAGAACAAUGACAAGGAUGCUGAGGGCAGGAGUAACUCAAAGGCUGUGGACCCCAGCAGUAGAACUGUCAGGCCUGCCCUCAUAAGCAGGCAGUGUGACGCUGUGGGCCAGAACAGGACUGACAGGUCAGUGGUAGGGUGGUAGGGACAGGUCCCCGAGGUAAGUUUAGAUUGGUGUGAGCACCAUAUUAGGAAUGUCUUUUGCUCUCUGUGAGGUGGGAGCUGCUGAGUAGAGUUUCCGUUUGCAGUCAGAGCUGUGAAUCUGCUAGCAAUUCUGAAGUCAUCGUGCCAGUUCUGGCUUUCACUGGAGUCACCAGGGGUUCACAUAUGGCAGUGAACUGUUGAGGAAGGAGUUCACAAUCCUCCCUGUCUGCAGAUGCAAAGAAGAUAUGCUCGGCAGACCCGAGCUUACCACACCAGAGCAGUGUCAUCAAGGAGCAACGUCGGAAAGCUGCUGCCAAUGUGGGGGGUUGCAGGGGCUUCCCAGUGUCUACCAAUUGAGUCCUCAUCCCCAAAACGCAAAUACAACGCUUUAUACAGCAAAAAGGAUAAAAAUGUGAUAAGAGUUUGAACCUUGAAAUGAGGGUAUUUUGUAUAUUACCCAGCUGUCCUAGUGUGGUUUUGUGAGCCCUGAGAUGCAGAACCUUUCAUUAUCUGUGGGCAGAGAAAGUUGUAUGCUAGAGAGUUGUGGUAGUGCUGGCUUUAAAGAUAGAGGGUGCCAUGAACCAAGAAUUUGUGUGACCUCUAGAAGUUGAGAAUGAACAUUGCUGACAGCAAGCAAAGAAGCAGAAGCAGGGCUCUCAAUCCCACAACUGCGAAGAAUUGAAUUUGACCAAUGUUUGAGGGAGCACAAAAGCUGAUCCUCCAAUAGAACUUCCAGAAUGGAUGCAGCUCUGUGGAUACCUUGAUUUUGGCCCAGUGAUACCGGCUCAAGGACAUGCAGAACUAAAUGGCAGAUGUGUACUUUGUAAGUUGAAAAAUUUGCUUCUACCAUUUGAGAGAAUAAGAAUCCUACAGCUGUCACUGAAUUGUGGAGCUGGGAAAGCUGGCUACACUGGUACUAGCAUAGGCCUACUUCCCUUUGCCCUCUUUCAGGUAAGAAAAAUAUGACCCAAAGUUCAUAUCUCCUGCUGAUUCCAGCAAACGUGAUCCGCAAGGUGAAUACGUACACAUUCUUCAUCGAGGAAAAACCAAUAGUGUCUGUCAAAGACUCCUCUGACCAUGAUGGUUGAGAAGCAUGAAAGUUCACUGCAAAUGAAUGUCUCCAGCAGGUGGGAAUAAAGUCACAAGGAUUAACUCAAGGCAAAUUGCUCACCCUGAAAAUAUCAGACCUGUUGAAUCUGAAGCUCUGAGAACAAGGCUUAGGUUUGUGGAGUGCAAAAAUUAAAAUAGAUAAAACAUUGUACCUGCUUUCUAGAAGCCAAGAAGCCAAUUAGCCACAGAUAGGAACAGGAAAGGGAAAAUGUAGGAAAGACUUACGGGUGGGUGUGAGUAGGUGCUUCAUAGGAUGGGUGGGAAGGGGACCCAGGUGAGUGAGCCCUGAGGACUUUUUAUUUAGAAAUUAUCAAAAAUGUGGAAAGAGUAUAUCUAUAAUCUAGGUCAACAUUGACAUGAUUAUUAAAUGUUUUGCAUUAUUUAUCUAGACAUGGCAGUGCAUGCCUAGAAUCCCAGGACUCUAAAGGCUGAGGCCAGAGGACCUGGGAUUUGAGGACCACCUCAUUAAUUUAGUGAUUUAAGAUCCACUCUCAAAAAACCAAAGUGCUGGACCGUGGCUCAGAUUCACGGGAAGGCCCCGAGUUCUUUCUGUCUCUAGUGAUCCCUAUCAGCACCAAAAGAAAAACAGCAUCACUGACUUUUUCUUGGCAUAUCCCUUUUUCUUCAAAACGUUUUGAAGUAUGUUGACAAACACCCAUAUUCCAAGCAGUUGGGAAGCUGAGACAGGAGGAUCAUCUUGAGUUCAAGGCCUGCCUAAACUAUAUAGCAAGACCCUGUCUCAAAAAAGCAAUAACAAACAACAACCAAAAAAAAGCAAUAACAACCACCAAAAAAGCCUUUUGAAAUUAAGUUGCUAACAUCAUGGCUCUUCACCUGAGUAUUUCAGCCUUCAUGUUCUAAACAUAAUAAUUGUCUGUAGACAUAAUACCAAGGCAACUAGAAUAUAAUAAUUCCAUAAUAUCUCUUAACUGUCCACUCAGAUUUUCCCAGUUACCUUUUGAGGCAUAGUAAAGAUUCACACAUUUCAUUCGGUUAUUUUCUUUCUCAUAUUUUAAAUUAAUUGCCUUUUUUUUCCCAUGAUAUUUUUUAAUGAAAAUUUUCACUGUGUGGAUUUAUCCAGUUGUAUACAGAGAUCCUUGUUCACUUUAUGAAUAUCUCCUAAAAACCUUUCUUGAAAAUAGAGUAACAUCAUAACCAGGAUAUUGACAUGGAUACACAUAACCAAUCUUACAUAGAUUUCCCAUUUUAUUUGUAUUUUGUCAGUUUAUGUUUAAAAUCUGUACAUUUGUCAUUCACGGAACUCUGUGUAUCUGCACAGUAGUCAAAGUACAACCAUUUCAGAAACCACAAGAGCCUCUCAUGUUGCUCUUUUAACCACAUACAUCUCCCUCUUGCACCCCAAACUCUAACCCUUGGUAACCAUUAAUCUAUCUGCUAAUUUCUAAAAUUUGUCAUUUCAAUAAUGUUGAGUAGGUCAGAUCGCUGGGAUGCAGCCUUUUGGAACUGGCUGCUUUUCUGUCCAGUGUCACUCCCAGGAGAUCACCCCAGUUUUCAUUCCUUUUUCUUGCUGAGUAGUAAUCCAAGGUGUUACACCCUGUGCUUUGUUUUACCAUUCACAUUUGGAAUAGCAUCUAGGUUGACUUCAAUUUGGACUAUUAAAACUCCCAUGAAGCUGGGUGUGCUGAUGCAUGCCUGUAAUUCCUCCACUUGGGAGGCUGAGGCAGGAGAAUCAUUGCAAGUUCAGGACCAGCCUGGACUACAUAGUAAGCUUAAGGCCACCCUGAACUGCAUAGCAAGACUAUCUAAAAAAGACAAGAGGAAAAACCCUCACGUGCACAUUUGUGUACAACUUUUUGUGUGAACAUUUUUGUUUCUGUGAGGUAAGUUCCCAGGCACACAAUUGAUGGUUCCAUACAGCUACAUACUUCCUUUUUUACGAGUGUCCUCUUAGUAUAUUUACUACCUUCCUAUGACACUUUUUUUGGAGUGUCCAAGACUUUUGUUUUAGUAUCAUACUUAUAUUUUUGAUUGUCUGACUUUUCCCUACGUUUCAUUUGAUUUUUUUCUCAAUCUGAAUUUUCUUUAUACUGGACCUUAAGUCUCAAUGUUUGAUUAGAUCUGAUAUUUUAAAACAAGAUUAUUUCCUCAAUGCUGUUUUACACUUUUGUGGUUGCAUAAUCUGAAUCUUGAUGAGGGUCAGGUUCUGCCCCCCAAAGGACUAUCUUUUGAGAUUAAUAAAAUAGUGUGAACCCACUAAUAUGAAUGUGUGAAGUAAUACUUGGAGAUGGUCAGUUCUGCCUUUGGCAGUUACGUCUACAAGGUCAUACAACUUAAUAGGAACUUGGCUUUUGAGCUGACCCUUAAAUAGAAUAGGUCCCAAAUAAAAUAGCAAAAUGUAGUAAUUUUGAGCUAUAACAGUGCACAUUGGAGAUUGUUAGUAUCUAUAUUAAAUUCAAAGGCUAUGGUCAAUAAAGAAAUUCUGGAAGUC